CCUCGUAAUAAACGAUUAAAUUUGUUUUUAUAAAUAUUUGAAAUCGUUAAAUAGCCUAAUUAAUUUAUAAAACGUUUAAAUCAUUUCAUUUAAAUGCGAUAACGCGAAUGGAUAAAGAUUGAGAAAUUUCUUUCAAAAAAACUAAGUAGAAGAAAUUCUAGAAUUAAGCAGGGAUAAAAGUUUUUAAGCCGAAACAUUGAACGCGGCAUAAUUUGAGAAGUCGAAAUGUGUGACUACAAUUUAAUAUUGAAAAGAAAAUAAAUUCGAGGAUAUUAAUUAUCAACGAUUAUUAACAAAUUUAUUGUGUAAUAAAUAAUAAUCGAGUGAUAAUCAAUAAAUUAUAUAUUCUAAUAUUAUAUUGAUAUCUUCUUAACCUUGUUUUUUGUGGGUGUUAUUUAAUAAUUAACUGUUAGGUAAAAAAAAAAAAAAAGAAAAAAAAAGGAAAGAAGAGGGGAAAAAAAGGGACACCCAAAAGGGAAUGAAAGAAUAGUAAUAAUAAAUGAUAAUUUAAAAUUAUAACUUGUAUAAAAAUGGUUAAUCUACAAGAUAUUAGCUGCCAGCUUAUGAAACCAGCUAAAGAUCUUGCAAGUUGGAACUUUCCUCUUUCAGAAAUUCUAGAAGAAUAUUAUUCUUUACUUGAAGGUCAUUAUGAUGUUAUUGGAGAAGCUGCAUUAAUUCUCCAAAAUUCUGUUAACAUAUAUGUACAUAGAGUUGAACGUCUUCUUGAUGAGACCGCAUGUUUAAAUGAAAUGUUUAUAAAUUAUGAAGGUGGAAGUGCAAAUGAAAAAUUGAAACACAAUAAAAAACAUUUAAACAACUCCAUUAAUUUUGAUGAUUUUAAAUUGUGCAAUUUGGCGGACGAAGUCGGAAAGAAUAUUAAUACGAAAAAUAACUUUAAUGUAGAAAAACCUGUGAAAUUGUUAACACGGCGCUUUGCUCAAUUAGAAAAUAUUGCAGAUGAUCUUGUACAUAAUAUGACAGAAAUAAUCGAUAUUCAUGGUGAUGUUAUUGGAAAAAAAUAUCAUUUCAGAUGUAAUCAAUAUUUGAAUAUGAAUGGCCUACUGAUAGAUGAACCUACUCCUGAUGACUUUGGAAUAAUGGACAUUGAUAUCUCUGCUACGUCAGGAUAUUGCUCCAAUAUGUCAACAUUUGAUAGCAGUUAUAAUUUUAAUAAUCCAACUAGCAUAUGCAAUAUAGUGACCAAUAAUAAUACAGAAACUUUAACAAAUUGUUGCUUAUCGCCAGUACUAAAUAAUGCCGAUUGUUCAAUUGAUACAGACGAUUUUAAUGUAACAGACAAUGCAAUUAAUGAAAAAGAACAGCCUACAAUUAUUGGUAAAAAAGAAAAAUUUCAAAAAAAUUCUAAAAUUGACAAGCAAUUACUUAUUAAUAAUUAUACAAAUAUGAAUAACACAGAUAAUGCGUGUAAUAUUCCAAACAAUAAAAAUCAUCAUUCUAACAGAAGAUUAAAAGAAAUUAAAUAUUUAACUAAUACAAAGAAAAUUGUAAAUUCAAAAAUAUGGGAACCAAUAUCUCUUACACAUAACAUUUCAAUAAAAAAGAAACGUAUUGAUCUACUAAAUAUAACAUCUUCAAUGAUUUCUAAAACUGAAUCUAGAAAAAGAAAAAUGAUUUCACAAAUGUACAAGGGUGAAUGCAUAGUAAAUUUUCUUUUGAAAGAAUCUAAAAUGUUGCAAGAAAAAAAUUCUGGACAUAGAUCCAAAAAACAGAUACUGCCGCAAUUUAAAUCAGAAGAAAUCAGUGAGAUACAGAAGGUUUUUGAGAAUUGUUUUAAAAAUGCAGAAAAAUUAACUUCUUUCAAUUGUGAAACAACAGAUACAACGAUCGAUGAUUUAAGAAUGAAAAAAAAUUCAAUCGAAAAUAAUACAUUUACGGAUGAUACAUUCCUUGAUGAUUCUGGUAUAUUAGCAAAUUCAUCGAGUAUUCUUGACUGCGAGACACGUGGGGUUUCUCCAACUGAUUCAAUAAUUUCAAGGUCAAACAGUGCCUCUUCACAAUGCGAUUUACAAAAUUCUUUGCCAAAUUACGAAAGAUUGAUUAAAGAUAAGAUGAAAGAACUUUUAGAAGAUUCAGAUGUUCAAACUGAACUUGAUCGUAAAAUUACUAAAUGGCAUCAGUCGAUACAAUCGAAACUUGCAGAAGUUGAACAAAAGCCUAUAUUUAGUAUACAAAAUUAUGCAUCUCAAAUUAUUAAAAAAUUAAAUGAUAAAAGUCAAAAUGCAUCUUUUGAUAAUAUUGUGGACGGUGAGCAUAGCUAUGACGUAGCUAGAUAUUUCUUGGCAUUGUUACAAUUGGCGAAUACGUACAAUGUGGAUAUAAGAAAAAAUAAAAAUAUUGACGAAUGUAUAGAAAUCGUAUUACUUGAUACAGGUAAAGAUGCUUAAAAAAAAAAAAAAAAAAAAAAAAAAAAGAAAAGAAAAGAAAAGAAAAAAAAAAAAAGAAAAAAAAAAUAUCGUUUAAAAUUAAAAGCAUCUUCUAAUAAUCCAAUCAGAUAUUAACCAAAGAUACACAAGUGCUGGUAGAUAUAACAAUAAUGUUAAAUAACAAUUAUGCUCCACAUAAAUAAUAUAAUAUAAAGUAUUUUUUUAUAAAGUUAUUUUUACACUUUACUCAAAAAAAAAAAA